AGAGAAGCAUAAAUAAUAAGUGAAAGUGGCAACGUACCUUUCUCUUUCUGACUAACUAAAAACGAGAAACGGGUGAAGAGAGAGAAUUCUUUUUUCCUUUUAUAUAUUUUAUCCAUUUUUGUUCUCUUUUCCUUUUAACUUCCCUCCUAAUCCUAACCUCUCUCUCUUCGACCACGCCGGAGAAAUGGUUUCGGAAUCGGAGCUCAUCGACCGGCUCCAAGACUUUCUCCGAAAUUCCGACCUCAACACGACGACCACGGCUAUCGUUCGCCGGAAGCUACAGGAGGAUUUCGGAGUUGACUUAUCUGAUAAGAAGGCUUUCAUUAGAGAGCAGGUCGACUUGUUCCUUCAAAGCGAGCUCGCGAAACCGCAACAAGGAGAGGAAAUUGAAGUCGGACACCUGGACGAUGAUCAUUCGGCAGAGAUCAAGUCGGAAGAAGGCGACGGAUUUGAAUCGACGACGGAGGAGCCGGAAGACGAUGAGGAUGAACCAGUUGAAGAAUCCAAACACAGAAAGGUUAAAAGACGGUCAAAGAAGCUUCCCGAUGAUAAAAAGAAAAGAGGGGGUGGUGGUUUUAGCAAAAUAUGUGCCCUCUCUCCACAACUUCAGAAAUUUAUGGGCGUCUCUGAAAUGGCCAGGACUGAGGUUGUGAAGCAAAUGUGGACAUAUAUUAGAGAGAGAAAUUUGCAAGACCCAAAUGAUAGGAGAAAUAUAAUUUGUGAUGAACCCCUGACUGAUCUUUUCGGAGUUAAUUCCAUCAAUAUGUUCCAAAUGAAUAAAGCAUUGUCAAAGCAUAUAUGGUCUUUGGAUUCAGACAAUGUGAAUCCAAACCAAUCAGGAGAGUCGGAAAAGAAGCGAAAGCAAGAGAAAGAAGAGUCGGAUGAAACAAAACCUAAGGAAAAAAGACAGAAGGGUGGAACCUCAGGUUUUAAUGCUCCACUUCAACUUUCAGAUGCUCUGGUAAAUUUUCUUGGUACAGGAGAAAGUGUUUUAUCACGUGCUGAAGUAAUAAAGAGAAUGUGGGGUUACAUUAAACAAAACAAUCUUCAGGAUCCAUCUGACAAGAGGAGAAUUAUAAGUGAUCAAAAGCUGAAAGAACUCUUUGAUGUUGACUCUUUUGUCGGCUUUACCGUUGCAAAACUACUAGCUGCUCAUUUAACGAAAACUGACUAACGAAUCACUCCCUCCCCACCUUGUUCAAAUCCAAGAGAAGAGGAGGUAGUUUUGGUUUCGGUUUCGAGUUUAAUUUAAUUUUGUCUCAAUUGUUUAUAAAUUUUCUACACUGUCCAUAAACAUUGGCUUAUAGGAACUCUGUAAAACGAUAGAAUUUAACUUAAUUCAAGUGUCUUUCAUUACA